CCCGCUCCGUUUGCUGCAUUCGCGGAGCAGCUGGGCAGGCGGGCUGCGUGCGGGAAGCCUGUCCUGCCAGGCGGAGCGGGCAGUGCCGGCCGGCGGCCGCAGCGGCGGAAGAUGAGCCCCGCUAGGGCCGCCCCGCGCUGAGAGCCCAGCCCCGCCGCUGCCCGCCCGCCAUGUCUCAGAUGCUGCACAUCGAGAUCCCCAACUUCGGGAACACAGUGCUGGGCUGCCUGAACGAGCAGCGCCUGCUGGGCCUCUACUGCGAUGUGUCCAUCGUGGUCAAGGGCCAGGCCUUCAAGGCCCACCGGGCGGUGCUGGCCGCCAGCAGCCUCUACUUCCGCGACCUGUUCAGCGGCAACAGCAAGAACGCCUUCGAGCUGCCCGGCUCGGUGCCGCCCGCCUGCUUCCAGCAGAUCCUGUCCUUCUGCUACACGGGCAGGCUCACCAUGACGGCCAGCGAGCAGCUCGUGGUCAUGUACACGGCCGGCUUCCUGCAGAUCCAGCACAUCGUGGAGCGCGGCACCGACCUCAUGUUCAAGGUGAGCUCGCCCCACUGCGACUCGCAGACCGCUGUGAUCGAGGACGCCGGCUCCGAGCCCCAGAGCCCCUGCAACCAGCUGCAGCCGGCUGCCGCCGCCGCCCCCUACGUCGUGUCCCCCUCGGUGCCCAUCCCGCUGCUGACCCGCGUAAAGCAUGAAGCCAUGGAGCUGCCGCCGGCCGGCCCAGGCCUGGCCCCCAAGCGUCCGCUGGAGACCGGGCCCCGGGACGGCGUGGCGGUGGCCGCUGGGGCUGCAGUGGCGGCGGGCGCAGCCCCUCUCAAACUGCCCCGAGUCUCCUACUAUGGGGUGCCCAGCCUGGCCACCCUCAUCCCCGGCAUCCAGCAGAUGCCCUACCCCCAGGGGGAGCGGACCAGUCCGGGCGCCAGCAGCCUGCCCACCACCGACAGCCCCACCUCGUACCACAAUGAGGAGGACGAGGAGGACGACGAGGCCUACGACACCAUGGUGGAGGAGCAGUAUGGCCAGAUGUAUAUCAAGGCCUCUGGCAGCUAUGCAGGGCCUGGAGCCACAAGGUGUCCAGGAGGACCCGCCUACUUCCCCUUUAACCUCACCCAGCGAGGUCCAGAGGCUCCCCCUGAACUCAGCCCCUUUGCCACUACCUCUCCAGGCCCCGCAGCAGGGACGGGCCAGAACACGCUGGCCAACAGCUGUGGGACUGGCAUCCGCUCGUCCACCAGCGACCCCAGCCGGAAGCCGCUGGACAGCCGGGUCCUGAACGCUGUGAAACCUUCCAUUCCCGGGGGCCGAGCACGGGCAGAUUGA